UGGUUCGUUAUUUGCUAAUGUUUACACAAGCCAUAAAACAUUGUUACAUCACAAAGUGGCCAAAAUCUGAUCAGAAACUGUCAAAAUCUCUCAACACAGAGGGGACACAUAUUUAUGUAUAAAGACAUGUAAAGAGGAUUGCAGAAUAAGGACCUACACAGCGGCUGCAUUAGAUCAGUGACAUGUGGGGGUGUUUUUCAGAGGGCUGGUUCUCUGUGACCCCGGAGAGGAUCGCCGAACACAUCGCCCUCCGGGUGGAGCACAGCUUCCCCGACUCUCAGCUGAUCAUAGACGCCUUCUGUGGAGUGGGAGGAAACGCCAUCCAGUUCGCCCUCGCUGGAAAGAGAGUCCUGGCCAUCGAUAUCGACCCGGUGCGGCUGGACUUGGCGCGCCACAACGCUGUGGUUUACAACGUCGCCGACAGAAUCGACUUUGUGCAGGGGGACUUCCUCGAGCUGGCGCCCCGUCUCCUUGGAGAUGUGGUCUUCCUCUCACCACCGUGGGGGGGGCCAGACUACCUGACUGCAGAGGUGUUUGACAUCAAGACGAUGAUGCAACCUGAUGGAUAUCCUUUUAAAGCAGAUUAAUUAUUAUUCACCAUUUCUAUCCGUUUACUCUAACAUGGUUAUAGUUUGUGGUAAAUAUGUUUCUGGUCUUAAGUUCACUGUGAUGUUUCAAUUUUAUUGAGCAAAGUAUAUCAUAGAGGUCGUGUUUUUGACUUGAUAAGUUUUUAUUUUAUAUGUGUAAAAGCGAGAUUGCCGCCAAACAUUCCCCUAACGUUGCUCCGCCAGUUUUUGAGCAGCAUUAGGAACAAUCUAUUAUUAUUUGGACGAUCGACCGUUAACACUGUGUCAAUUUGGUGGUUUUACAGAACCACGCAAAAUAAAAAGCUGGUCUGAAAUUGCUCAUGAGAACGUAUUUAAGAACUCUACUGGUUCUCUGUGUAGAUGGCGUUGCUAUGGGGAACAACAAAGGUUUGUAAUAACUCUCACCAGAAGGGUAGAAAAAGGUCCAGUAAUGACAUUUAUAAAAAGGGGAGAGUGGGGACACUUUAUGCAUUUCUCUCAGUUACUCAGAGACUUUUCAGACAAGACUCAUACUUAUAUAUUAAACUUACAAAUGUGUGCCAAUUACCCAUACCAUUUAAAGAUGAAUAUAUAUGACAAAUUACAUUACAUACAUGCAUACAUUUGAAAGGAAAAAGUCAGAUGUUUCAACAGACCCCAGUCUCCCCUACUAGUUCAUUUGGAGUGUGCUAGUUAGAUAGCUAGCUUGCUAAAGUUAUCUAGCUAGCUAACAAACUGGCUAGCGACCCUCCUGUCAUGUGGCGUGGGUUGUUAUAAAAGACACUCAACAUAUUAUCUAAUCUAAUGCGCGCACACACACACACACACACACACACACACACACACACACACACAC